GCUCCGUUUCCGGUGGCUCGUCGCGCUCGCUCACUCCAGCUGCAGCCACUCUUGCCCGUGGCUGCUUCCUCCAUCCUGGUAUUUUUUGGAGCCUCCAUCCUGGUUCUUCCAAAGUGCCCGGACCCAAAACAGGAAAGUGUUGUAACUGCAGGAACAUGGGGAAGAAACAAUCUGGAUAACAUGAAAGUGAUGCUGGUGACUAAGGGAAGGCGACUUGAUUCUAUGGGAAGGGCUAUAGCUGAUGCAUUUGUUUUCCAGAUUUGAGUAUGAGCACAGUUGAAGAGGAUUCUGACACAGUAACAGUAGAAACUGUGAACUCUGUGACUUUGACUCGGGACACAGACGGGAACCUCAUUCUUCAUUGCCCUCAGAAUGAAGCUGAUGAAAUAGACUCAGAAGAUAGUACUGAACCUCCGCAUAAAAGGCUUUGUCUGUCUUCUGAGGAUGAUCAGAGUAUUGAUGAUUCUACUCCUUGCAUAUCAGUUGUUGCACUUCCACUUUCAGAAAAUGAUCAGAGCUUUGAGGUGACCAUGACCGCAACCACAGAGGUGGCAGAUGAUGAGAUUACUGAGGGUACUGUGACACAGAUCCAGAUUCUACAGAAUGAGCAACUAGAUGAAAUAUCUCCUUUGGGUAAUGAGGAAGUUUCAGCAGUUAGCCAAGCAUGGUUUACAACUAAAGAAGAUAAGGAUUCUCUGACUAACAAAGGACACAAAUGGAAGCAGGGGAUGUGGUCCAAGGAAGAAAUUGAUAUUUUGAUGAACAAUAUUGAACGCUAUCUGAAGGCACGCGGAAUAAAAGAUGCUACAGAAAUCAUCUUUGAGAUGUCAAAAGACGAAAGAAAAGAUUUCUACAGGACUAUAGCAUGGGGUCUGAACCGGCCUUUGUUUGCAGUUUAUAGAAGAGUGCUCCGCAUGUAUGAUGACAGAAACCAUGUGGGAAAAUAUACACCUGAAGAAAUUGAAAAGCUCAAGGAGCUCCGGAUAAAGCAUGGCAAUGACUGGGCAACAAUAGGGGCGGCGCUAGGAAGAAGUGCAUCUUCCGUCAAAGAUCGGUGCCGACUGAUGAAGGAUACUUGCAACACAGGGAAGUGGACAGAAGAAGAGGAAAAGAGACUUGCAGAGGUGGUCCAUGAAUUGACAAGCACUGAGCCAGGUGACAUAGUCACACAAGGUGUGUCUUGGGCAGCUGUGGCAGAACGAGUGGGUACCCGCUCAGAAAAGCAGUGUCGUUCUAAAUGGCUGAAUUACCUAAACUGGAAACAGAGUGGAGGUACUGAGUGGACAAAGGAAGAUGAAAUCAAUCUCAUCCUCAGGAUAGCAGAGCUUGAUGUAGCUGAUGAAAAUGACAUAAACUGGGAUCUGUUAGCAGAAGGAUGGAGCAGUGUCCGUUCACCACAAUGGCUACGAAGUAAAUGGUGGACCAUCAAAAGGCAAAUUGCAAACCAUAAGGAUGUUUCAUUCCCUGUCUUAAUAAAAGGUCUUAAACAGUUACAUGAGAAUCAAAAAAACAACCCAACGCUUUUGGAGAAUAAAUCAGGAUCUGGAGUUCCAAACAGUAAUUCCAGUUCCAGUGUACAGCACGUUCAGAUCAGAGUCGCCCGCUUGGAAGACAGUACAGCCAUCUCUCCAAGCCCCGUGACAGCUUUGCAGAUUCCAGUCCAGAUCACCCAUGUCUCUUCGACAGACUCCCCUACUGCUACUGUUGACUCGGAAACAAUAACACUAAACAGUGGAACACUACAAACGUUUGAGAUUCUUCCAUCUUUCCAUUUACAGCCCACUGGCACUCCAGGCACCUACCUACUUCAAACGAGCUCAAGCCAAGGCCUUCCCCUAACUCUGACUGCUAGUCCUACAGUAACCCUGACAGCUGCUGCUCCUGCUUCUCCUGAACAGAUCAUUGUUCAUGCUUUAUCCCCAGAACAUUUGUUGAACACAAGUGACAAUGUUACAGUGCAGUGUCACACACCAAGAGUCAUCAUUCAGACAGUUGCCACAGAGGACAUCACUUCUUCCAUAUCCCAAGCAGAACUGACAGUAGAUAGUGAUAUUCACUCAUCUGAUUUUCCUGAGCCUCCAGAUGCCCUAGAAGCAGAUACUUUCCCAGAUGAAAUUCAUCAACCUAAGGUGACUGUAGAGCCAUCAUUUAAUGAUGCUCAUGUAUCCAAAUUCAGUGACCAAAAUAGCACAGAACUGAUGAAUAGUGUUAUGGUCAGAACAGAAGAAGACCAUAAACAAGAGGAGGAUUCACCCUCUCAUUUAGCCCGUGCUUAUGUUACUGAGGAUUUAGAGUCUCCUACUAUAGAAGAACAAGUUGAUCAAACAACAAUUGAUGAUGAAACGAUACUUAUUGUUCCUUCACCACAUGGCUUUAUCCAGGCAUCUGAUGUUAUAGAUACAGACUCUGUCUUGCCUUUGACAACACUAACAGAUCCCAUACUCCAACAUCAUCGAGAAGAAUCAAAUAUCAUUGGAUCAUCUUUGGGCAGUCCCGUUUCAGAAGACUCAAAGGAUGUUGAGGAUUUGGUAAACUGUCAUUAAGUAAUUCUUAGAAACAGGUAGCUCAGGCAGAGAAGCCACACUGUUAAUUACAACAUCUCCAAAGAAAUAGGAGCAGCUCCCAAGAGGUUUAACUUACCAUUCCUCUGGCUUUUAAAUAGCUACAGUGCUUAAGCCACAUAGAGUGUUGCUGCUAUGACUUUUUACCUCCUUUAAAUAUAUCAUCUGAGUUCUAGUCUUAUGAAAGCGUGUAGAUGAGUGGAGUAUAAGGGGUCUUAACUACAUAGAUAGAUCCCUGUGAUUAGUGCCAUUUGUCAGCAGGGAAUUUCGUUCACUUCACCUACUGAGAAAAGUUUAAAAUCACCAAAGCUUAACUACUCUGUUUUAAAAGCUGUAAUAUUCAUCUCUAAAGAUGAGACAUGAAUCUCUAUCCUGUCUCAGGUAGGCCUAUUUAUAUUUCAGAGAGGUCACAUCAGCGUGAUCUUACCAGUGACCACCUUCAAAAAGAUUAUCAUUAGUUUGAGACUUGACCAGCAUACAAGGACAUAGACCUACGAGGUGACUGUGGUAGUUACCUGUGGUUUACCCAUUGCUGGCGGUGGGAGCUGAUUUAAGCUGGGCAGAAAGGAAAGCAUUAAAAGAGUUAAGAAAAUUCACUACAGCUAAGUAGAGUUUUCCCUCAGAACCAGUUGUCAUCAGUUUACAAAAUUAGCACUUUGAAGUAAAAUUAAAUGGGAGGGAAGUAAAGUUCCCUGUCCUAUACCAUGACCUUUUCUUACAUGUUUUGCUAUAUAAAUUACCCAGAAAAUAUUUAAGGAGGGUAUCAGAGUUUGCCAUUCACUUAGUGCAUUAGCUGGUGAGGGUACAAAGUAACUUCUCCCUCUCAGGCAAUUAAAAAAAAAAAUGCUUCUGUAAUGAAAGGAAACAAAUCAAGAGUCAUUCCUAUAUUAGAGAAGGUUAAACCAAAACUAGCCUCUUAGGGCUUUAAUGCAUAUGACCCCUAUAGAAAAGUCAACAAAAAAAAAAAAAAAUUGUAUAAAUUAUUUUAUUUAUUAUUGUAAUUAGAUCAUCACAAUCAAAGUUGUCUUUUCACUGUCUGUGUUUUGUUAACGUGAACUUAAAUUGUAGUUAUAAGCAAAAGUUGGUUGCCUAGGGAACAAUUGUAUAUUCAGUUUAACAGAAAUAAAAGAAUAUUUGUCUUAAAAUGCAA